AUGCCUUCUCAAAUCAGAAACCUAACAAAUCUACAAACCUUAACUAAGUUUGUUGUGGGCGAAGGCAACGGCUUGGGGAUAAGAGAAUUGAAGAAUUUGUUUGAUCUUGGAGGAGCGCUUUCAAUUUUUGGGUUGCACAAUGUGAUGGAUAUUCAAGAUGUAAGGGGUGCCAAUUUAGAGAGUAAGCACCACAUUGAGGAGUUAAGAGUGGAAUGGAGCAAUGACUUUGGUGCUUCACAAAAUGCAAUGCGUGAAAGGCAUGUUUUGGAGCAGCUACGACCUCGUACAAAUCUAAAAAAGCUCACAAUUGCAUCUUAUGGUGGAUCAGAAUUCCCAAGUUGGAUGAAGGACCCAUCAUUCCCCAUAAUGACACACUUAAUUCUCAAGGACGGCAAGAGAUGCAAAUCAUUACCAGCUCUGGGCCAAUUAUCCUCACUCAAAGUAUUGCAUAUUGAAGGGUUGAACGGAGUUAGCAGCAUAGAUGAGGAGUUUUAUGGAGGGAUUGCAAAGCCUUUUCCAUCCUUGGAGUAUCUAAAGUUUGAGGAAAUGGCUGAAUGGGAAUACUGGUUAUGUCCUGAUGCAAUUAACGAAGGUGAAUUAUUUCCAUGUCUUGGAGAGCUUACAAUAAGGGGAUGUCAGAAGUUAGGUAAACAGUGUUAA